AUGAAUGCCGACGCAGAAUACCUAGACAGGCGCAAGUAUUGUCGAUUCCAUCGCGACCACAGCCAUAAUACGAGUGACUGCGUGGAUCUCAAAGACGAGAUUGAAACUCUCAUCCGCAAGGGUCAUUUGAGUCGAUAUAAAAAAGAAGAUAGAACGGCUCAGAGAGAAGAGCAGCCGAGCAAAACUAUAGAAGAAUCGGUCGAAAUUCGCAUCAUCUUCGGCGGUUCGUCCGGUGGAGGAGACUCAAACAGGGCCUGUAAAACUCAUUCCCAAAAGUCCGACCCAGAGCAUUAUGUCCACUUGACUGAGCGGCCAAAGAAAGAGCUUCGAGUCAAUCCUUGUAACCUUACCUUCACAGAAGAUGAUGCGCGCGGGAUCCAGCAUUCGCACGACGAUGCCUUGGUGGUGACUAUGACCAUAGUCAACCACAAAGUGUACCGCAUCCUAGUCAACACCGGGAGCUCAGCUGAUAUUAUCUACUCGGAGGCCUUCGAAAGAAUGGAAAUUCCAAGGUCGCACCUCAGACCUGUGAAGACUCCCCUGCAUGGCUUUGUCAGAGAAAGGGUAAUCUUUGAAGGAGCCAUCUCCCUCCCUGUGACCGUAGGAGAAGGACGACAUCAAGUUACUCUCCUGGUGGACUUCCUUGUCAUCAAUAUGCCAUCAGUGCAUAAUGUCAUUUUGGGCAGACCUUCUCUCAACGCAAUGAGGGCGGUCGUGUCCACAUACCAUCUAAUGAUGAAGUUCCCUGCUGAAGGCGGAAGCUAUCUCCGAGGUGAUCAACGCGAGGCUCAGAAAUGUUAUGUGAUAGCAGUAAAGAAAUGGUCAGUGAAGCAAGCUCUCACCAUUAACUUCCUUGAUCCUAGGGGACCCACAAAGGACUCAUUUGUGGAAGACUUGGAGGCCGUGCUGCUCGAUGGAGUAGAUCCGAGCAAGACUAUUUAG